CAAUAUUAUAAUCUUUUUUUUUUUUUUUUUUCCCCAUUUUAAUCGUCAUUCAUCUUCAUAUAUAUAGGAAAAUCAGUUUUGUCUACAGAUUUCCCCUUUUUUCUUCUUUGUAAUCCUCUGCAAUCGAAUUCCGAAUCGACGGAGACAAAUUAGCCAUGGUGGAAACAAGGCGGAGUUCGUCUUCCUCGAAACGCACGCUAUCAUCCCCAUGUUCGUCUCCUAUCCCAACCGGGAAAAGAUCAAAGGCAGCGGAGGCGGCAUCUUCGUCUACUACCGGGACACCGGUGGAGCCCAUUGAGGCGGUGGUGAAGGAAUCCGGUGGAUGCGAGUCUCAAGAACAGGAGGUCCGAUCUUCUGAUCCGUCCAAGAAAGACUCCGAUGCCUGUGACGAAGUGCCCGGUGUUGACGUUCCUGAAAAAUCUCCGGUUGUUCAAGUGGAAGGACAGCCGUUGGUCUCGCCUAUGUCUCUAGGUGAUUCGUUAAUAGAUGUAGAGAAGACGAAGGCGAAUGGUGGUUCAACUGUGUUGAAUCGUACCAAGAAAAGACAGUCAAAAUCUAAUGUUGGGGUUGCGUGGGGAAAGCUUCUUUCCCAGUGCUCACAGAACCCUCAUGUUGUCAUGGAUCGUCCCAUUUUCACUGUUGGUCAAGGUCGCCAAUGUGAUCUGUGGAUCGGUGAUCCGAACAUCAGUAAAUCAUUGUGUAGCCUGAGGCACAUAGAGUCACAGCAAGGAGGCGCAUCGAUCACUUUACUUGAGAUCACUGGCGGCAAAGGUGUUGUGAAAGUCAAUGGCAAGACAUGCACUAAAAGGUCAACCUUACCACUUAAAGCUGGAGAUGAAGUGAUUUUUAGCUCUUCGGGAAGGCAUGCUUAUAUAUUUCAGCAGCUAUCGAAUGAUAAUGUUGGUGCAGAUGGGGCACCUCCCAUGAGCAUAUUAGAAGCACAUAGCGGGUCAUUAAAAGGGUUACAGUUUGAGGCAAGAUCUAGAGACCCAUCAGCAGUUGCAGGAGCUUCAAUAUUAGCAUCUUUGUCUAGUAUUCAGAAAGAGUUAUCUCUACUCCCCCCUCCUUCUCGUAAAGGCAAAGGCUUACAAACCGGAAUGCCAAAUCUACCCUCUGUCUGUGAUAAUCGUGCAACUGAUACAGAAAUGAAAGAUGCUGCUGAUGUGGCACCAUCGAAUGAGAAAGGUGCUAACGAGAAUGUUGAUGGUGUUGGUGUUGGGGACACAGGGAAUGCCCCUGGCCCUGCAGCAACUCAUGAAUUAAGGCCAUUACUGAGAAUGCUUGCAGGAUCCACUGCUUCUGAGCUGGAUAUUUUGAAAAUUAUUGAUGAGAGGAAAGAAAUUAGAGAACUGCUUAAGGAAAUUGAUCCACCCAUCUCAUUAGCAGCAAGGCGUCAAGCAUAUAAAGAUAGCUUACUACAAGGGAUUCUCAGCCCCGAUGCAAUUGAAGUUACAUUUAAAGAUUUCCCAUAUUACUUAAGUGAAACAACAAAAAGUGUAUUGAUUGCCUCCACAUAUCUCCAUCUGAAACGUAAUGAUUUUGUGAAGUAUGCCUCAGAUCUGCCUACUUUGUGCCCUAGAAUACUCUUAUCUGGUCCAGCAGGUUCAGAAAUAUAUCAAGAAACAUUGGCAAAGGCUCUUGCAAAGCAUCUAGAUGCUAGACUGCUUGUAGUUGAUUCUCUUUUAUUACCUGGCGGAUCAGUUGCUAAGGAAACAGAGACUUCACUAAAGGAGAGUAGUAGGCCUGAAAGAGCAAGUGUGUUUGCUAAACGGGCCCCACAAGCAGGGGCUAUGCACUCGAAGAAACCGACAUCAAGUGUUGAGGCUGAUAUAGUUGGUGGAUCCACCACAGGCCCUCAUGCUCAGCCAAAACAGGAGGCAUCUACCGCAUCAUCAAAAAGCUACACCUUCAAGAAAGGUGAUAGAGUUAAAUAUGUGGGUUCCUUGUCAUCUGGUUUUUCUCCUUUGCAGACUCCCUUAAGGGGGCCAACUUAUGGUUAUAAGGGCAAAGUUCUACUUCCAUUUGAGGAGAAUGGGUCCUCCAAGAUUGGAGUAAGAUUUGAUAGGUCGGUUCAAGAAGGGAACGAUCUUGGAGGAAUCUGUGAGGAAGAUCAUGGCUUUUUUUGUUCUGCUGAUUCGCUUCGCCUUGAUUCUUCGAGUGUCGAUGACAUUGAGAAGCUUGCCAUUAACGAACUUUUUGAGGUUGCUGUAAAAGAAAGUAAAAGCAGUUCAUUGCUUUUGUUUGUGAAAGAUAUAGAGAAAUCAAUGCUGGGAAAUCCAGAGGCGUAUGCUUCCUUCAAGAGCAAGCUUGAAAAUGCACCUGCUAAUGUGGUUGUUAUUGCUUCACAUACUCAAAUGGACAGCCGCAAGGAGAAAUCUCAUCCUGGUGGAUUACUCUUCACAAAGUUUGGGAGCAAUCAGACCACACUGCUUGACUUGGCUUUCCCGGAUAGUUUUAGUAGACUUCAUGAUAGAAGCAAGGAAACUCCCAAAACAAUGAAGCAGCUCACCCGACUUUUCCCAAACAAAGUCGCCAUACAGAUGCCUCAGGAUGAAGUGCUGCUUUCAGACUGGAAGCAACAACUGGAUCGUGACAUAGAGACCUUAAAAUCACAGUCAAACAUUGUCAGCAUCCGUGCAGUUCUGAGUCGAGUCGGUCUUGAGUGCUCUAACCUUGAUGAACUAUGUGUAAAAGAUCAAACCUUGACUAACGAAAGCGUGGAGAAAGUAAUUGGAUGGGCUUUGAGUCAUCACUUUAUGCAGAGUUGUGAAGCUUCUGCUAAAGAUGCUAAACCUGUGAUUUCCAAUGAAAGUCUCGAGUAUGGGAUCAACAUACUGCAAGGAACUCAAAACGAGAGCAAAAGUUCUAAAAAGACACUGAAGGAUGUGGUUACUGAAAACGAAUUUGAGAAGAGACUGCUAGGUGAAGUUAUUCCUCCUGGUGAUAUUGGUGUUAGCUUUGAUGACAUUGGAGCUCUUGAAUCUGUGAAGGAUACCUUGAAAGAGUUGGUGAUGCUACCUCUUCAGAGGCCUGAGUUGUUCUGCAAAGGGCAGCUAACAAAGCCUUGUAAAGGAAUCUUGCUGUUUGGACCCCCGGGUACUGGUAAAACAAUGCUUGCAAAAGCUAUUGCAACCGAGGCUGGUGCAAAUUUCAUCAACAUAUCGAUGUCGAGCAUAACUUCCAAGUGGUUUGGUGAAGGAGAGAAGUAUGUGAAAGCUGUUUUCAGCCUUGCUAGUAAAAUCGCACCGAGCGUUGUUUUUGUUGAUGAGGUGGACAGCAUGCUGGGAAGACGUGAAAACCCGGGGGAGCAUGAAGCAAUGCGUAAAAUGAAAAACGAGUUUAUGGUGAAUUGGGAUGGCCUCCGUACAAAAGAUAGAGAACGGGUGCUUGUACUCGGUGCAACCAAUAGGCCUUUCGACCUCGAUGAAGCUGUCAUCCGCAGACUGCCUCGCAGGCUGAUGGUAAAUCUACCGGAUGCCACCAACAGGGAGAAAAUUUUAAGAGUCAUAUUGGCAAAAGAGGAGCUGGCACCUGAUAUGGAUCUUCAAGCAGUCGCUAGUAUGACAGAUGGCUACUCAGGAAGUGAUUUGAAGAAUCUUUGCGUGACAGCUGCCCACUGUCCAAUUAGAGAGAUAUUAGAGAAGGAAAAGAAGGAGAAAGCUUUGGCAUUGGCAGAAAAUAAGCCGGUACCUGCUUUACGAAGCAGUGUGGACGUUCGCCCACUAAAUUUGGAUGAUUUUAAGUAUGCACAUGACCAGGUAUGUGCGAGUGUGUCGUCUGAGUCAGCAAAUAUGAACGAGCUUCUGCAAUGGAAUGAGCUAUACGGUGAAGGUGGAUCCAGGAAGAAAAAGCUUCUCAGUUACUUCAUGUAGACACCACACCACACAACACCCACACGAGUGUAUGAAUCAGCAACUAUCAAGUGUAUAGCAGUCCUCCCUUUGUUUACUUUUUUACAAAUUAGUUUGGGAUAAAAAAAAAAAAAAAGACAGACAGACAGACAGAGA